CAAGAAGAAGAGGGGCGGGUCGCUAACACCGGAAGUUGCUAUGAUGUUACCAAGGUGACGUCCGAACGGUGUCAGCUGACAGGAAGCGGAAGCCAUGUGAGUCCUAUUGGUAGAAGUCUGGUUUUCUGACUGCGCUAGGAGAUGAGUGUGUUUGAGAGCAAGCUGUGCUCCCUGCUGCUGGAGGAACAUUAUGGGGAGAUUGUGGCACGUGUGGGGACCUUUCUGAUACGGACGGGCAACCAGCCGCUGAGAGUGAUCGUCAACGAGACCGGGACGUCCUUGGAUCAGGUGAAGAAGGCCCUGUGUGUCCUCAUACAGCACAACCUGGUGACCUACCAGCUGAACAAACGCGGCUUUGUGGAGUACAGGGCCCACUGCGACCGUUUCUUGCACAUCCUCCGAUACCCGCGCUACAUCUACACGGCAAAGACUUUAUAUGGGGACACCGGGGAGCUGAUUGUGGAGGAGCUGCAGCUCAACGGCAAAAUGACACUCAGCGCGGUGGUUAAGAAAGUGGCCGACAGAUUGACAGAGACCAUGGAAGACAGCAAAAGCAUGGAGUACAGCGAAGUGUCUGCCACCUUUACUCACCUGGCAGACACACACUUUGUGCAGCGGUGCCCGGGUCUGCAGGAGAAAGAUGCCACAGAAGGCCGCCCGCCGCUUGCCCCAACUCUGCAGAUGGAUGAGAAGGAGAUGUACAUCAUCCCUAAAGUAAACCUGACAGGGAGGGGCAAACGCCGCAGAUCAUCUGACGAUGAUGAUGGAGGCAGUCAGGCGAAGAGACAAAAAAAGGACACGGAGGUUAGCCAAGACGAUGGCAUCUACUGGCAAGUCAACACCGAGCGGUUCCACCAGCAUUUCCGAGAUCAGGCUAUUAUCAGCGCUGUUUCCAAUAAAAUGGAUCAGACCAGCAGUGAGAUAGUCCGGACCAUGCUGAGAAUGAGCGAAGUCACCACUUCAUCUAGUGCUGCGUAUACACAGCCGCUGUCAUCCAAUGAGAUUUUCAGGUCGCUCCCUACUGGCUACAAUGUCUCCAAGCAAGUGUUGGAUCAGUAUCUGACUCUGUUAGCGGAUGAUCCAUUGGAAUAUGUUGGACGGUCCGGUGACAGCGGUGGAGGAAUGUUUGUGAUCAAUCUGCACAAAGCUGUCGCUUCAUUGGCCACCGCAACGUUGGAAUCUCUCGUACAGGAGAGGUUUGGCUCUCGCUCUGCCAGAAUCUUCCGCCUCCUCCUUCGCAAGAGGCACCUGGAGCAGAAGCAAGUGGAAGAUUUGGCUAUGGUUCCCGCCAAAGAGGCCAAGGAAAUGCUCUACAAAAUGCUGUCUCAGAAUCUGGUGUCCCUGCAAGAAAUUCCAAAGACACCAGAUCAUGCCCCUUCUAGAACCUUCUACUUGUACACGGUGAACACCCUUCCCUGUGCACGAAUGUUACUACAGAGAUGUUACAAGACUGUGGCCAACCUGAUAGAGCGCAGGCAGUUUGAUACCAAGGAGAACAAGCGCUUGCUGGAGAAAUCCCAAAGAAUUGAAGCCAUCAUUGCCUCCAUGCAAGCUACGGGGGCUGAGGAGGGACAACUGCAGGAGAUCGAGGAGAUGAUCACAGCCCCUGAGCGGCAGCAGCUUGAAAACCUGAAACGCAAUGUCAACAAGUUGGACGCCAGCGAAAUUCAGGUGGAUGAAACCAUCUUUAUUUUGGAAUCCUACAUAAACAGCACCAAGACCAAAGUCUGAGGAGACCCCCUGUCUUCUUUCAUCCCACCGCAGGGCUACUUGCUGGGCACGUAAUCCAUAUUGGAAAGAAGGGAAACACUGGCACGUUGGCUUUCUGGAGGAAUAACGGGCUUGCAGUUGGUCCAUUACAGUGACCAGUCCCUGGGCUUCUGUAGGACGUCUGAAGGCCAAAUAGGACUUUGAAAUGAGCUCAAGUGUGUGCAAAAAAUAAUAAAUGUUAAACGCAAAACAA